AUGGUUCUCAAAGAGCACGCAAAGGCCUUGUCUGCCUCUCUGGCUGAGGCCAAGCUCGUCCCUGGCGUGGCAGCCAGUCUUAUCCCGGAGGAUUUCAAGCCUACGACAAAGCUCGACGUCGCAUUCGACGGGACGGCUGUCAAGUUGGGGAAUCUGUUUCGUGCUUCGCAGUGCAGACUUGCCCCGAGUAUUCGCUUCUCGAAAGAGCCCGAUAGCCCAUCUGAUGCGACAUACAUGCUGUUGCUCGUUGACCCUGAUGCUCCCACGCCAGAUGAUCCCAAGUUUGCUUUCUGGCGUCACUGGGUUCUCCCAGGUCUGAGGCCUCUGAGUGGCGAUGAGGGGAUGGUCGCACAGGUCCAGCCUGCUUUGACAGAGUACCUUGGACCCGGUCCCAAGGAUGAUUCUAAGCCUCAUCGCUAUCUGUUCCUCCUAUUUCGACAGCCUACGACCCUGGAUCUGACAAAGGAGGACGUUGGAGGUGAAGAAUUCGUGCAAAGACGAUCUUUUGAUCCGGCCAAGUUUGUUGAAAAGCACGAUCUUCACCUGGUGGGUUUGAACUGGAUGCUGGGGGCUGGAGAUGGUUGGAAGGAGUGA